CAUUAACCAUCAUGGCCUCAAAAUCUAAGUCUUCAGAGAAUCUCAAGCAGAAGAGCUUGAUGUCUUUCUUCGGAAAGACACAGGAAUCUACUCCUUCAGCCUCUCAGCAAGCUAAGAAGCAUGCUACAGAAAAACAAUCCAAACCAACACCUAAAGACGCGUCCAAAAUCGCGUCUUCCGACAAUGUCCUCCAGACUCCAGCGCCCAAAAAGCCAAAUUUACACGCUCUCAACUCCUCUGCAGCUGCAAGUUCGUCCUCAUACAGCAGUGGUAUAAAAGAUACUCCUCCUACUAGUGAUGCCAUUGACGUAGAUAUGCUGUCUUCUGAAGAGUCAGAACGUAGUAAACCUCGGGGAGCAACUAAACGAAGGCGCGUUGUAGAUGAUUCAGAUGAGGAUAUUCAAGCGUCUGGAACGUCUUCAAACUCAAGACAUUCAUCGUCCUUGCCACCAUCAUCACCUUCUGAAAGAAGAAGUCGUAUAAAGAAGGCUCGAUACUCGGAACUGACACCAGAUGAGGAUGAAGAGGAUUCAGAAGUCUCCAGCUCGUUUACGCACAGGAUCACUAAGUUCAGAAAAUCUCCAGCAAAGACGGGACGAAGAUCCUCCAAGGCCUCAGAAGACGACGACGACUUCAUUGUCCCGUCCGAGGACUCAGAUGCUGACGUUGGAUCAAUGAAAACUUCCUCCUCUCGACCUUCAUCGCGCCAAUCAUUACUUUCUGACGAGGUCGAAGACGAAGAGGAGGAGCCUAUCUCCAAGAAAUUGAAAUCGAAAGGCAAAGCCAAUAUCAAACCUAAAGCUUCUACCCAAACGUCUGACUCAUUCUCCUUCCUCACUGCGGCGGAGCAACGGGAGCAAGAUAAGAAAGAAGAAAAAAAAGCAACAGAGAGUCCAUACGGGUUUUUGCAGGAUGUUAAGGAUAAAGACGGCUGUCGCCCAGGGGAUCCUAAAUACGACCCAAGAACGUUGUACAUUCCCACCAAGGCCUGGAAAGAGUUCACUCCGUUCGAAAAACAGUUUUGGGAAAUUAAGCAGAACCAUUAUGAUACUAUUCUAUUCUUUCAAAAAGGAAAGUUCUUUGAGCUCUAUGAAGAUGACGCAAGAGUUGGUCAUCAAGAGUUCGAUUUGAAGCUCACGCAGAGGGUCAAAAUGUCAAUGGUUGGGGUUCCAGAAAUGUCUUUCAACUUUUGGGCCGCGAAAUUUCUGGGCAAAGGAUAUAAAGUCGGCAAAGUAGAGCAAUCUGAGACUGCGUUGGGAGCAGAAAUGCGACUGGCAGAUGACAAGAAAAGCGGCAAAAUUAAAAGCGGAGAAAAAGAAAAGAUUGUUAGACGAGAACUCAAUAAAGUCUACACAAACGGAACCUUAGUCGACGGCGAAAUGAUUACCGACGACGAAGCAGGUCAUUGCAUUUCUAUUCGUGAAAUUGAAUCAGACGAUGGAUCUCAUAACACGUUCGGUAUCUCGGUUUUGGACUGCUCGACGUCCCAAUUCGAUCUUGCUGUAUUCGAGGACGAUAUCUGCCGUACCAAGCUUGAGACAAUGAUUAGACAAAUUCGGCCUAAGGAAAUGCUUUUCACCAAGGGAAACCUCUCCAUUUCCACCACGCGACUUUUGAAAUCUAUUUUGCCCGCAGCUUGUCUUUGGACUGCAUUGCGCGAGGUCGAGGCUCGAAGCUAUGACGAUACCCUCGAAGACUUGAAAGCCCGGUUCCCUCCUACCGAUACCGAAGAAGUGGCUGAUACUGAUGAUGUUCAAUUAUUACCUGAAAGUGUUCCAAAACCAAUCAGAGAUAUGGCUGAUUCUAGACCUGCUAUUGAGGCGCUGGGGUCGAUGAUGUGGUACUUGCAACAGUUGAACAUCGACAAAGAUAUCAUCACUAUGAGAAAUUUCAAUAUCUAUGACCCCAUGAAGCGGGGUGAAGGUCUGGUGCUCGACGGUCAAACUUUGGCUCACAUCGAGGUCCUACUGAACAAUGAAGGUACCGAGGACGGAUCUCUCUUGAAGUUGCUCGGACGGUGCAUCACACCUUUCGGUAAGAGACUGUUCAGGAUCUGGUUGUGCAUGCCUCUUCGGGAAAUCGCAGCUAUCAAUGCAAGACUGGAUGCUGUUCAAGAUCUCAUCGACCACCCGACCUUUGAAAGUUCUUUUACAGAAACUGCUAAAGGACUACCUGAUCUUGAACGAGUCGUUUCUCGAAUUCAUGCUCGCAACUGUAAAGUGAAGGAUUUCUUGAAAGUGCUUGGAGCGUUCAAGAAACUCAGUCGAGGUCUCAGCGAUCUUGCCAAUGCGUCAGAGACCUUCGAAUCAAAAACUAUCUUGGGAUUGCUUCGUAGCGCACCGGACCUCAUUAAAAACAUCAAGAACAUCGAAUCUAUGUUCGAGAAACCCUCUUCAGAUAAAGAUGAUGAAUUGAUACCUCGUGAUGGAAAAGAUGAGACAUACGACGAGGUUAUGGCUGAGAUCGAGGAAUUGGAGCAGGAGUUAGAUGGUGCGCUAAAAAAGUUUGAGAAGAUACUUGGAGUCAAGUUGAAUUGGUGGCACAGUGCUGUUGGUUCAAAGGAGAUUUACAUGGUAGAGACUACGGCUGGGCAAAAAAAUAUUCCGAAAGAGUGGACCAAAAAUAGUGGCACGAAGGCUAAAACGCGCUGGCUAGUUCCUUCCCUCCAAAAAUCGAUUCGUUCCUUGAAGGAAGCCAGGGAAAGACGUAACGCCGCUAUCAAGGAGUUCAAAUUUCGGCUUUAUGCUGAGUUCGAUGAGGAUCGCUCCGUCUGGCUUCGCACUAUCCGGGUAUUUGCUGAACUAGACUGUUUAUUCAGUCUAGCAAAAUCGUCCACGGCCAUAGGUGAACCCGCCUGCCGUCCGGAGUUUGUUGAAGAUGAGGCUGCAUGGUUCGAUUUCAAGGGCUUGAGGCAUCCGACGUUGUGUGCGAGCACAAGUGUGGAUGAUUUUAUCCCGAAUGAUGUCAAACUUGGUGGUGAUGUUGGGAAGAUUGCAUUGCUUACUGGACCCAACAUGGCUGGAAAGUCGACGGUGAUGCGUAUGACUGCUACCGGCAUCAUAAUGGCACAACUGGGAAUGUUCGUCCCCGCUGAGAGUGCACGGCUUUCACCAGUUAAUUCCAUUUUGACACGUAUGGGAGCAUACGAUAACAUGUUCUCGAAUGCUAGUACCUUUAAGGUAGAAUUAGAUGAAUGCUGUAAGAUUCUACGUGACGCUACGCCCAAAUCGUUUGUGAUUCUAGAUGAGCUCGGUCGUGGUACAUCAACAUAUGAUGGAAUGGCUAUCGCAGGAGCUGUCCUGCAUGAACUUGCUACCCACACCUUACCGCUAUCAUUUUUUGCAACUCACUAUGGUUCCUUGACCGACGACUUCGCAUACCAUCCAAACAUCCGAAAUAUGUAUAUGUCAACCAUCGUCGAUGAUGAAAAACGCGCUAUUGUUUUCUUAUACAAACUCGUUGAGGGGGUCGCUACUUCUUCUUUCGGUACCCACGUCGCCAACCUUGCAGGAGUACCGAUGGAGGUCGUUGAGCGUGCAGACACCAUCUCCAAAAACUUUGCCGAGCAGUUCAAGGCAAAGCUCCAGGAGAAGCAAAAGAGCCGUGCCUCGGGGCGGCUUCCGCUCGUUGCUCAAGCAGAUUUUGCUUAUCUGAUCCAGCUUGCCACUGGAAAAGUUCAGCUCCCGGAGGACCAGGCAAAGCGUAAAGUUGUCUUAUCAAUAAUGAAGAAGGUGGCGCAAACAUAUAUCGCUACUUCAGCUUCAUGAAGUCUUUGCCCUUGCUAUCUUUGGAAGACUGUUGCAUUGCUUUGCAUAAAAUAAAUAGAUACCCCUAAUACGUUAUGCUACACACUGUAUAUAUACUCAAUCAGCUGCUAGAAUAUAGAGAACAUCGCAGUCGUCCGUGCUGCUACCAACAUAUACACACCAAAUGCUCCGCAUAACGAUACAGCACUUUGAGGUAUAGCCUUAUUGGUACUAUGUCCCGAAAUAGAGGUCGCGCUGAUACUCCCAGGAUUCGACGAGAAGCUGAUUGUGGGACCAACUGCAAUGGUCGUCGGAAACCCAGACUCUGAACUUGAAGAUGAGGGAAUCGACACCGCUGAGGGCUCCAAUGACGCUGGUAACAGCAAUGGGGAGGCAGACACUGUAGCCGUCUGAGGCUG